AUGUGGCUUUUUCUUGGGAUCACCUUUUCUCUGGGGAUGCUAAUUCCUGGAAAACUCAGCUUGCAAUUGCCAUAUGACCGAGAUCAGGUUUUGCAUAUUGUGCCAGAAACAUUUCAGCAAGCCCAGCAUCUUCAGCAUCUUUGCAGCACUUUACUGCUGGAUUUGUGGAAGCCCCGCCUGCUGGAAGACAUCUGGGCUGGAGAAGACCUGCACAUAAGGGUCCCAGCCCCCCUGGUGCAGAGGGUGAAAGACAGCUUAGAUCAGCAUAUGAUCUCUUACAAAGUCCUAAUACCUGAAGUGCAGGAACCUGUGGAUCAGAGCACACCAAGGGAGAGGAGCAGCCACAGGCAGGUCCCAGAAGGUUAUGACUACACUCGAUAUCAUCCAAUGGAAGAGAUUUAUCAAUGGAUGACUCAGAUCCAGAAAAGCAACAGUGAGCUGGUGACUCAGCACUACCUGGGGAGGACAACUGAGAAUCGAACAAUGUAUUAUCUGCAGAUCAGUCAGCCAUCAGAUAAAACCAAAAAGAUCAUUUGGAUGGACUGUGGGAUUCAUGCCAGAGAAUGGAUCUCUCCAGCCUUCUGCCAGUGGUUUGUGAAAGAAAUUCUUCAAAAUUACAAAUCUGACCCAAAGAUAAGCAGAUUUCUGCAGAAUUUGGACCUCUACAUCUUGCCGGUCCUCAAUAUUGAUGGCUACAUCUACUCCUGGGAAAAAGAUCGUUUGUGGAGGAAAAACCGUUCUCCACAUAUGAAUGGCACCUGCUAUGGGACAGAUCUGAACCGAAACUUCAAUUCCUCCUGGGGCAGUACUGGUGUUUCUUAUAACUGCAGCAGUGACAUUUUCUGUGGAUUUGGACCAGAAUCAGAGCCUGAGACAAGAGCUGUGGCUCAGUUUAUUGAAAGGAAGAAGAGUGACAUUUUGUGCUAUUUAACAAUUCACUCCUACGGACAGUACAUCCUCACUCCGUAUGGUUUCACAACUGAACCUCCAAGUAACAGCAAAGAACUGAUGCAUGUUGCACAGAAAGCAGCUGCUGCCCUGAUGGGAAAGUACGGGACUAGCUAUGAAGUAGGAUCAACCUCUCUAAUUUUAUACAGUAACUCAGGCUCCUCACGGGACUGGGCUUACAUGAUUGGCAUUCCUUUCUCCUACACAUUUGAACUGCGAGACAAGGGUACUCAUGGAUUUGUUCUACCCCCUGAUCAGAUUCAACCCACAUGUGAGGAGACUAUGCUAGCUGUUACAACUAUCAUAGACUAUGUUGAUCAGAAGUACUUCCUAGGUGGGGCUGUGAGCCCAACCUCCGGCAGCCUGGUCCUGAGCCUUUGCCUGAGUGUUGUACUUACAUGGACUGUUUCUUAA